AUGGUUCAGUCUGCAGAGUCUCUAAAGACUAAAACCUUAGUCUUUUCUGUUCUUUUAGAGCAAGAUAUAUUUCAUCAUUCCUUGAUGGCUUGUUGUUUGGAAAUUGUGCUCUUUGCCUAUAGCUCACCUCGUACUUUUCCUUGGAUUAUUGAAGUUCUCAACUUGCAGCCGUUUUACUUUUAUAAGGUUAUUGAGGUGGUGAUCCGCUCAGAAGAGGGGCUCUCGAGGGACAUGGUGAAACACCUGAACAGCAUUGAAGAACAGAUUUUGGAGAGUUUAGCAUGGAGUCAUGAUUCUGCACUGUGGGAGGCUCUCCAGGUUUCUGCAAACAAAGUUCCUACCUGUGAAGAAGUUAUAUUCCCAAAUAACUUUGAAACAGGAAAUGGAGGAAAUGUACAGGGACAUCUUCCCAUGAUGCCAAUGUCUCCUCUAAUGCACCCAAGAGUCAAGGAAGUUCGAACUGACAGUGGGAGUCUUCGAAGAGAUAUGCAACCAUUGUCUCCAAUUUCUGUCCAUGAACGCUACAGUUCUCCUACCGCAGGGAGUGCUAAGAGAAGACUCUUUGGAGUUCCCCAAAGGGAAAUGCUUAUGGGCAAGAUCAUAACAGAAGGAACCGAUUCACUGCCUAGUCUAAUGAAAGACAGGCAUUUGGAUCAACUCCUCCUUUGUGCCUUUUAUAUCAUGGCAAAGAUCACAAGGUCAGAGAAAGACUUUUCAGAAAUUAUGAAAAGUUACAGGAAUCUAAUACAAGCUAAUGAUCAGGUAUAUAGAAGUGUUCUGCUGAAAAGUAUUCCAAGAGAAUUUGUGGCAUAUAAUAAAAAUAUAAAUGAUGACUUUGAAAUGAUAGAUUGUGACUUGGAAGAUGCUACAAAAACACCUGACUGCUCCAGUGGACCAGUGAAAGAGGAAAGAGGUGAUCUUAUAAAAUUUUACAAUACAAUAUAUGUAGGAAGAGUGAAGUCAUUUGCACUGAAAUACGACUUGUCAAAUCAGGACCAUGUGAUGGAUGCUCCACCACUCUCUCCUUUUCCACAUAUUAAACAACAGCCAGGCUCACCACGCCGCAUUUCCCAACAGCACUCCAUUUAUAUUUCCCCACACAAGAAUGGAUCAGGCCUUACACCAAGAAGCGCUCUGCUGUACAAGUUCAAUGGCAGCCCUUCUAAGAGUUUGAAAGAGAUCAACAACAUGAUAAGGCAAGGUGAGCAGAGAACCAAGAAGCGAGUAAUAGCCAUCGAUAGUGAUGCAGAAUCCCCUGCCAAACGCGUCUGUCAAGAAAAUGAUGAUGUUUUACUGAAACGACUACAGGAUGUUGUCAGUGAAAGAGCAAAUCAUUAAUGUUCUUGUUUCUAUGAUAAAAGCACUUUCAGAUUGUUCUGCAGAAAGUUGGAGCUCUGUCCUUCAAACUUUUAACCCUAUGGAUGGUAAAUAUUGCUGGAUUAUAAGAAAAAAAUUGCACAAAAAUGUGCUUUUUAAAAUAUUUAUCCAAAAUGUAGUUGACAGAGAUGUAUUUUGAGUUGGACUGGAAAGGAAUAUUUUAAGUGCCUUUUAAAAAUACUAAUAGUCCAGCUAGAUGCAGUGGCUUACGCCUGUAAUCCCAGGACUUUGGGAGGCCAAGGCGGGCAGAUCACCUGAGGUCAGGAGUUUGAGACUAGCCUGACCAACAUGAAGAAACCCCAUCUCUACUAAAAAUACAAAAUUAGCCAGGUGUAGUGGCACAUGCCUGUAAUCCCAGCUACUUGGGAGGCUGAGGCAGAAUUGCUUGAACCCAGGAAGCGGAGGUUGUGGUGAGCCUAGGUUGCACCACUGCACUUCAGCCUGGGCAACAAGAGUAAAACUCCAUCUCAAAAAUAUGUAUAUAUUAAUAGGGAUUUUUUUUUUAAUGUUUGCUCCUUGAGUUAGUUUUCAAGUUGAAUUUAGGAGACACCCCAUAACUUUUUAGCUCUCUUUUAAAAAUAAAUGUCUCCUCCUCCUGUGUUUUGUAAUAUGAGGAUAAAUAAUCAACUUUUGGUAAGCAUGCUUUGAGAUAUUUGUAUUCUCAAUUUAAUAUUGAAGGAAGGGGUUGGUUCCCAUAGUACCUGGCCAGAGGGUUAUGUACCAGCCUGUCUCUGGCCCCCUGUGGUAAUUCCACAUCCAGGUGCCACCACCAUUUAGGGUUGUCUCCUUCUCGUGCCUUUUCUCUCCUUGAGCUUUAUAAACAGAUUUGUACCUGAGCCCCAAUGCUACACUCAUCCUUGCUUUCCAGCCCUAAGCCAUCUCAGCCUGAUGUCACAACCCAAUAAAUGGGCACUUUCUUCUUUUGUAAACUAUUAUCAUUUUGGUUUCUGUGACAUUAACUUAAUUAUAUAUGAUCAUACUAACUCCUGUAGUUCUCAAAAUAGGCAGCUGCUUCUCAAGCCAGUAGAAUAAAAUUCAGUUAGUUAUUAAAAACUAAAUUCCUGUUAGUAAGGUAACACCAUGAUUAUGUGUGUUAUAUUAUUUUUGAGAUCAUAGUAUCAGUCAUUCUCAAUAUCUAAUUGAGUCCCUAAGAAUAUUUUAAACCUUUUAAAAACCACAUAAAUAUCAUCUUAUGCCUCAUAAUUCCAGUAUAUUUAAUACAUCAGUAAAAUAGCUGCUUAUUACUUCCCCCGCUUUAUUCUCAGUAUUUUUAGUAUAUCAUGAGUUUCCUGCUAGUGUACCACUGGGUACUCCUGAAGAUGUUUUUCCGUACUAGGGAUGCUUUUCAGUAUUAGGGAUGCUUUUUUCAAUGCUAGGGAUGCUUUUCAGUAGUAGGGAUGCUUUCCAGAAUAUCACCUCUUUUCCAUUUACUUUUUCUAGUAUGUGUCUGGAAUCCAGAGAACGUGAAAAAGCCACUUAUAAUUAAUUUUGAGAAGUUUUAUCAAAUGUUUAUGUUUCUAACUGCAAACGUUAAUUUUGGAAAGGCACAAUGUUUAACUUACCUAUGUUUAACCAUGGCUAAUUUAAAAUAGUCAGAUUUGGCUGUCACUAAUUAGUAUUCUCAAGAAUUUCAUUUUUCAAUUUUAAGAAGAAAAGGGAUUUUGGUCACAUUUUGCUUGUAAAUGAAAAUUACAUCCUCAUUCUUUGUGUAGUAUCUACACAUUGUUAUAAGCCAAAAAACAAAGUCUGUCUUGAAUCCUUGUACAUAUUUGUAUGUUGCUAUAAUUGUUAUUUUUAUCUUCAUUGUUGUGCAAAAUAUAAAUGAGCAUUUGUACAUUGACUGUAUAAGAAACCAUGGGCUGGGUCCUGUGGCUCAUGCCUGUAAUCCUAACACUUUGGAAGGCCGAGGCAGGAGGAUCACUUCAGUCCAGGAGUUCAAGACUAACCUGGGCAACAUAGUGAGCCCUCAUCUCUACAAAAAAUAAAAAAAUUCGUUGGGUGUGAUGGCAUGUGCCUGUAGUCCCAGCUAUUCAGGAGACUGACAUGGGGGGAUCACUUGAGGCUGGGAGAUUGAGGCUGCAGUGAGCUGUGAUUGCACCACUACACUCCAUCCUGGGUGAGAGGGCAAGACCCUUUCUCAGAAAAGGAAAAAAAGAAUUCUGGACAUGUUUUUAUCAGUUUUCAGUACUUGGUAUCAAUGUACAUAAAAUGGCUAAUAAAAACUGGAAUUGAGAUUAUUGAAAAAAACUUUUCUGUAUGACUGGAAGCAGUUGCACAGCCAUCUAAAAUCUGUCUGUUUUAAUAUCUACUUUAUGACUUUAAAAUUCCUUAGAAUAACUUAAAAGUUAAUGUUCCUGUGGUUUCCAGGGUCUAGGGGGAAAAUGAAAAAUAACUGCUUAAUGGAUACAGAGUUUUUUUGCAGGGAGUGAUGAAACUAUUUUGGAACUUGAUAUAGGUGGGGUAGUUGCAUAACAUUGUGAAUUUACUAAAUGCCACUGUAUUGUACGUUUUAAAA